AUGCGUGAAAUUCUAUGUCGUCUUGAGAAGAAACGACAGUUUGAUGUGAUUGUAUUUGACGAUGAUACAAUUCUGAAUCAUCCAAUUGCAACGUGGCCGGUUUGUGAUGCGCUCAUUUCGUUCUAUUCCAUGGGAUUUCCACUUGAAAAGGCUGAAGAGUAUGUCCGUCGUGUACGACCUGUACUAGUGAAUGAAUUGAGCAUGCAACACGUGUUAUUUGAUCGUCGUAAAGUCUACGCGUUGCUCACGUGUCAUGGAAUUCAAGUACCUCGUCAUAUUAUUGUAAAUCGAGAUUUACCUGAUGGUAAACAGGACAACCUUAUUGAACACGACAAUUACGUGGAGAUUAAUAACGUGAGAAUUAAUAAGCCAUUUGUUGAAAAACCAGCAGAUGCAGAGGAUCAUAAUGUCUAUCUUUACUAUCCAAUGAGUGCAGGCGGAGGUAGUAAACGUUUGUUUCGAAAGGUUGGAGAUCGCUCAAGUGAAUUUUAUCCGGAUGUUAGCCAUGUACGACGAGAUGGAUCGUAUAUUUACGAAGAGUUUUUGAAUACUCAAGGAACAGACGUCAAGGUAUAUACGGUUGGCUCGAGCUAUGGCCAUGCAGAAGCUCGCAAGUCACCAGUACUUGAUGGUCGCGUCGUACGUGACUUAGCUGGAAAGGAAGUUCGCUAUCCUGUCAUCUUAAAUUCUAACGAAAAAGAGAUGGCAAGGAAAGUGUGUCUGGCGUUUCAUCAGACAGUAUGCGGAUUUGAUCUCCUUCGUGUACGGGGCACCUCGUACGUGUGUGACGUCAAUGGCUGGAGCUUUGUGAAGAACUCGAAGAAAUAUUACGAUGAUUGCGGACUCAUAUUGCACAACCAUUUGGUUUCAGCACUGCGGUCGCAGUACUUUCGUCAGCGUCGUGCCAGCUCGCUAAAUGCUUUGGGCACGCAAAUGUGUCCACAAUACGCAACAGAGUCCAGCGUCGUGAGCAACGGAGGCCAUGAUUGGCAGCGUACUCGUUCGGGUUCUGACGUGUCGGAGUCGAGCGUAGCCAGUACAAGCAGCGCAGGCUUGCCGCUAGACGAAAACCGAGAGGAGCUACGCUGCGUCAUUGCUGUAGUACGUCAUGGUGAUCGUACGCCAAAACAGAAACUGAAAACUUAUGUAUGGGAGAGAGACCUUGUAGACUUUUACGAAAAGCGGCGGAGUGAAGGCAAGUAUGACGAGGUGAAGGUAAAGUCAGUUGCGGAUCUUCAAGCGCUAUUAGACCUGGUGCGAGACCUCGUCAAGGCAUACGCCCCUGGUGUUGGCUCGAAGGAUGCCGUUUGGGAAGUUGAGGGUGGAGACAGUUUUGAAAAUCUGCUCCAAAUGAAACGCGUGUUAGAGCGGUGGAAAUUUGCGGGCAUCAACCGUAAGGUACAGUUUAAGCCACACAAGAGCUUUGCAACAGUUGCUGGUGCAUACGCAGAUGGGCUAGAAGGAGCUGAAAAGCCGAAGGUACUUAUGAUAUUAAAAUGGGGAGGAGAUCUGACGGAACGAGGCAAAAAGCAGGGAGAAGCAUUGGGACAGUUGUUUAGAAACAGUCUUUAUCCUGUUGAAGUGGAAGAAGGAGGUUUGCUGCGCUUGCACUCGACGUUCCGUCACGACCUAAAAAUUUUUACGUCGGAUGAAGGUCGCGUGCAAAUGACUGCAGCUGCGUUUGCCAAAGGCUUUUUGGAACUGGAAGGAGACCUUACACCAAUCCUUGUAGGUCUUGUCACCACGCUCGAUCGAGAUGCCAAUAAAAUGCUGGAUCAUUCCGGACAAGCUGAUGCGACGGAAGAGAUGCAGACUAUAAAAGCCAAGCUGGGGACACUGCUGCAGCGUAACUACUCAUCUGUUGACGAGAUGCGGGCUGCGAUUGCACCGUUGAAGGUCGAGUCGAUCUUGCAAGCACUUGAAAUCAUAAAGAACCCGAAAGAGGCAUUAGUUCGUCUGCUGGAACUGAUUCGCAAGCUUCGAAGUGAAAUUGCUGAGCGCGUGCAAGAUAAGCAUGCUGAUGAGACUACGCCGCUAUACAUGGGUGAAACGUUUUCGCUCAUGUUUGAGCGCUGGAACAAGAUCUUUCGCGACUUUUACUCGACCAAGACAGGCACAUUCAAUCUUAGCAAGAUCCCCGACGUGCACGACUGUAUUAAGUAUGACCUGCUCCACAACGCGAGUGUCGGCUGGAAGUGCGGUCUUGAUCUUUUUAAGCUUGCUGAGGCUCUAGCGCGUUGCUAUGUCUCACAAGAAUACGGCAUGGACAUUGCAGAAAAGCAGUCUAUCGGCAACCGCGUUUCGCAAGCACUGUGUGCAAAGGUUCGUGCUGACAUCGUGACUGUGAUGUCGGCAUCAAUCAACAAACAGUCGUCAUUAUCAUUGCUAAAGAGUCUCUAUGGGAAUGAGGAUAAUGUUGAGGACGGAACUGUUGCUGAUAUUGCAGCUGAGGACAUCGAGCAUCACGGCUAUCGCUUGGAUCCUUCCUUUGCGAAAGAACUUCGUAUCAAGAGUCCAGGCACGCAAGUCCGCACACGUCUCUACUUCACGAGUGAGAGCCAUCUCCACACGUUUUUGAAUGUGUUGCGUUUUCAGUGCCCGUCUUGGCGCGCACGUAUCCACAGUUGCGGCGAAGAUGACGAGUAUGAUAUUUCUCUAGAACAGGAGAUGUUCAGCAACGAAAUCUUGAAACAAAUGGGUAUUUGCGUGAACGAUCGCAUGACUCAGCGCAAAUACGUUUUCAGCGAGUCCAAGCUAAUUUCUGACAGCAGUUGGCAUGCAUUAGACCGCAUUGCGGAGAUUAAUUACCUCGCGCAUAUUGUGAUCCGCGUCUUUGAGACUCCGUCAUUGCCGGAAGAUAGUGAAGAUCGUUUUCGUGUCGAGAUUUCGUUUUCUGCGGGCGUCAAAGAUGGGCUGGCAGACUCUCCUAUAGGCGCGGAAGGAGUACAAGAUACGAUCUACCUCACCAAGAACAUGACGGGUGUUAUGUUUGAAGAUAUGCUCGCAGCUUGCGUCUCAUCCGUUCAAAGCACCUCUGGAUAG